AUGGCGACAAUUGCCCUUCCGAGGCCGAUUCCCCCGCAUCGUUCAUCGUCGACGGUGGGCGCCGUUGCCUCCAUUUCGCUGGAGUCCAUCGGCACCGCCCAAGUCCCCGUACCCAACAAGCAUCUCCCCGUCUGUCCCCCGGGGCCCGUUCCUGCAGAGGAGCCCAACACUCCGCCGCCCUCUCCUCCCCGCGACGACGAACAGGUUCAGCAGUCUUCGCUGCUGCACCCUCCCUCAAAGUUCUCCAAGUACGAGUCCGGGCCCGUCGCCGUUUACACAAUCCGCCCCGCCGAUGUGGCCGCCGCUGUGGAUUACAUUUCCCGCCAGCCGUUGCCGGACCCGAAUCAAGUCUUCCCUUGGUUCCACGGGCUCCACCCCCACAACCAUAUCCAGCAAGCCUUCUUCAUCGCCCGGCACCGUUCCCUUCGCAAGACACCCACCUGCGUCCGAGGGGUCACACUCGUCAAGGCCGAUGGCGACCUGAGCGUCGCCCGUCUCAAGGGCGCCGUCGCCCCGCAAGAGUUCAUCCACCUGAUCGCCGCCCCCGAGUUCCUCGAUGUUGACCCCCGCGAUGGCUUCUGCGUGCGGAACUUCCAGAUCCAGGCUGCCAAAGCCGCCAUGGUUUCGGAUAUUGUUGUGUAUGGAGAGGACGAGGCGGCCGUUCGCAAGCUCGGCCUCGAUGUCGCCACGGCACAGCUCCGCUGGCGACAGCGGCACGAGACGCAAGGCCACGCCAUCCCAGAGUACAACACCUUCCUGUGUGUGGCCCCCUUUAAGGAUUUCGAGACCGACCACGGCGACAUUGUCGCUGUCGACGCCCAGGGGCGACUGACUGGCAACGUCCUCGACUUUUUCCACCAGGAGCGCAAGGAAAUGUACAACAUGACCAAGGCCUCGGAAAUAUCCCACAACGUCUGGCUGGGCCCAACGCCGGACCCUACGUCGGGCGAGGAGGACCAGUUCGACGUCCUGAUCGAGUGCAGCGACGUGGGCCGACUGAACCCUUCCGCCCUGCGCGCCCUGGCAGAGUCCAGAGCCGAGCCUGCUCAACGACCUUACAUCGACUUCCCCUCAUCCGGGAGCAUCCUGCCGCCAACAUGGUCGCAGGCCGAGGCCGAUGGCAUUCUGGAGACUUGCAAGUGGAUUUACCACCUGGCCCAUGGUACGCUUCCAGCCACGAGCAAGUCCGACAUGGACGUGGACGGCGACACCGACAUGGACGAGCAGGGCGAGCCAGCCCCCGUGAACCUGCGGCCGAGGAAGAUCCUCAUCCACUGCGCCGACGGGUACACAGAGUCCACCAUGCUCGGGAUCGCCUAUUUCAGCUACAGCACGGGACAAGGCAUUGCCGACGCCUGGUUGCACUUGCACACGAGCAAGAAGCGCAACUUCUUUGCUUAUCCCACCGAUGUGGCUCUUCUCACGUGCAUCGAGGCACGGCUACUGCACGAGUCGCCCCUUCACUCGGGAAAGGGCCUCCGUGAAAUCACGGCCUUGAUCAAGGAGCCGUCGUGGCUGCCCGGCCUCGAUGGCUCAUUGCCCAGCCGGGUUCUGGAUUACAUGUACCUUGGCAACCUUGGCCAUGCAAACAAUCCCGACCUCCUGAGGGCUCUGGGGAUCGGUCAGAUCCUCAGUGUGGGCGAGACCUCGAUGUGGAGGGAAGGCGAGUUGGAAGAAUGGGGGCCGGAAAACGUCUGCGUUGUCCAAGGGGUUCAAGACAACGGGAUCGACCCCCUGACAGACGAGUUUGAGCGAUGCCUCGACUUCAUCGAUCGCGGCCGGCGCAACGGGACAGCCACGUUGGUGCACUGCCGAGUUGGCGUGUCACGGAGUGCAACCAUUUGCAUCGCCGAAGUGAUGCGGUCGCAGGGCCUCUCGUUCCCUCGGGCGUACUGCUUCGUCCGAGCCCGCAGGCUCAACGUCAUUAUCCAGCCUCAUCUGCGCUUCGCCUACGAGCUUCUCAAAUGGGAGGAGCUCAACCAGGUGAGGAAGAACGGCCCAGCGGGCAUCAAGCGGGAGCUUGAAUGGGGCGAGAUUGCCCGAGAGAUUGCUCUCAUGAAUCGUCCGUACGCCAGAUAA